AUGGGCUCAAAACUCCUCCACUUACAACUGAUUGGACUGCGAAGAAGACAAGAGUGGAUGAACCUUAACGGGCCAUGGCAAUUCAGACCAGCCAAGAACUCUCAAGAACUCCACAGUCCACCAUUUGGGGGAUGUGGGUUUGUCAGUGAAAUCCUGGUACCUUUCCCGAUGGAAAGUGGGCUCAGUGGGAUUAUGAAAAGUCACAUAUACAGCUGGUAUCGUAGAACUUUUGUUGUCCCUGAGCACUGGUCGGGUCGCAAUGUUUUGGUGAACUUUGGAGCGGUGGAUUAUGAAGCCACGGUGUUCGUCAAUGGAAAGUAUGUUGGGUUCCACCGAGGAGGAUAUUUCAGAUUUACAUUGGAUUUGACUGACGCGCUCAAAGAGCCGGGUGAAGAGAACGAGUUGCUGGUGUUUGUCUAUGACCCGACUAAUUCCAAAGGCGAAGUGAUUCCCCUUGGCAAGCAAGUUCUGAAGCCAAAUCACUAUUUCUAUACCCCUACUAGUGGGAUUUGGCAAACGGUCUUUCUUGAACCAGUGGCCAAGGAAUAUAUACUAGACAUUGUGACCACCGCUCAUGCCGAUGGAAAGUUGAAGAUUACUGUAUACAAUCCAAUAAUCUCUUCUUCGGAUUCACCUCUCUAUCCGGUCACUCUGGGUACCCCUCUUCAGCAGCAUCAAGGAACUGCCAACAGCCUUGUUACUUUCACGUUGCCUUCUCCUCAGCUUUGGUCCCCAACAAGCCCAAAUCUUUAUCACUUUAGAGUAGAAUUAAGACAAGAUACCGUUCAAAGUCAUUUCGGUCUCCGGACAAUAGAGAAGAAAAAAGACAGAGCUGGAAUCGUUCGACCUUUCUUGAACGGAGAAUUUGUCUUCCAACUGGGCACGCUCGAUCAGGGUUUCUGGCCCGAUGGUCUCUACACCGCUCCGACAUUUGAAGCUAUGACCUAUGACCUGAAGGUUUUGAAGCUUUUAGGCUUUAAUAUGUCCUUGGCUUUGCCUGACGAUAUUCCGCUCUCAUCCAUGCACCAGGAUAUGCCCUCAAUGAACCCAGAUUUGCCAGCGCCGAGACCAGGUCAGCAAGCCGAGUUUGCACGGCAAUUGAAGUUGAUGAUCACGAAACAUUUGAGUUUUCCAUCAAUCGUCACUUGGGUAAUUUAUAAUGAAGGAUGGGGACAACUUAACACAACCGACUUUGAAUUGACGCGAAUGGUAAAAAAUUCUGAUCCCACUCGUCCAGUUCUCUACGUCACAGGCUUUCAUGACCAUGGCGCAGGUGACUUUCAUGAUAACCACCACUACCCAUAUCCACAAUGUGGAACACCUUUCUACUCUCUGCCGUCUUCACCCUACGAUCCAUCCAGGAACAGGAUAGCGGUUCAGGGAGAAUUCGGCGGAAUCGGACACAUUCCAGGUCGGCACAAUCUCUGGAACGUCCAAAGCCAGCUCGAUAACUUGAAUCAGACUUACGAAAUCACAUCUACCAUCGACAUUUGGAACUACAGAGCUACUCGCUUUGUCGAGGACCUGAGGGAUCAAGCGCAAUUUUUCAAUUGUAGCGGUGGCGUAUACACUCAAACCACUGAUGUUGAGGGAGAAACCAACGGAUUACUCACUUACGAUCGCAGAGUUCUCCGACCCAAUCUUGAAAGAUGGCAAAAACUCAUUUCAGAAAUCUAUGCUGCCCCGCACCAAGCUGCUGGUAAACAUGAGGUCUCCCAAGCAAAGCCUGACAAAUCUCAACUACUUUUACCAGCUUUAGUAAUCAAGUAA